AUGGACAGCUUCUCAGCAAGGAACUUGAAAUGGAAAUGGGUGGUUGUGUUGGUGUUAGCACUAGCUUUAGCUUGUGGUCAAGUUGUAGGAAAUCCACAAGAUCCUCCCAGAUAUACCACUCCUCCAAGCACCUAUCCCUAUGAGAAUAUUCCCGGAGGAACUUCUCCGGGCGGAAAUAUUCCUGGUAAGAAAGUUUCUCGUGCGAACUUUCUUGGUGGCAACUUACAAGGUGGUAUUUUUCCUGGUGGUAUCUUUCCCGGUGGAAUUUUUCCGGGUGGAAACUCUCCUAGUGGUGCUUUUCCUGGUGGAAUUUUUCCGGGUAAUAUUUUUCCCGGAGGAAUUUUUCCGGGUGGAAACAUUCCUGGAGGAAACUCUCCUGGUAGUACCUUUCCAGGUGGCAACUUUCCUGGUGGGAAUAUUCCGGGUGGCAACAUUCCGGGUGGAAACUUCCCUGGUGGGAAUAUUCCGGGUGGCAACUUUCCAGGUGGAAACUUCCCUGGUGGGAAUAUUCCGGGUGGCAACUUUCCGGGUGGAAAUUUUCCUCGUGGCAAUUUUCCCAGUGGUAAUUUUCCAGGUGGUAACUUCCCUAGUGGGAAUUUUCCUCGUGGCAACUUUCCCGGUGGUACUUUUCCAGGUGGGAAUUUCCCUGGAGGAAACUUUCCUGGAAACCCCGGUAGCAACGUUCCCGGGAGAAUGUUUCCCAGUGGGGGAAGAGAAGGUGACAAGUCCGAUCCUUAA